GGCGGAGCGCAGCAAGGCCCGCACGCCACCCGGCAAGGAGUGCAGCGCGACCGGCCGUCGCUCCUCGCCCAUCGCAGCGCCUCGCCUCGCCCUGCAGGCCCCGUUACUGCAGCAACGCAGUCCCGGCACCCCCCCCCCCCCCCCCCCCGUGCCCGAGAGGACUGUGGGAGAUGUAGUUGUGGUACCACUGAUGGCCAGAGUGGGAAGUUGCUGAUAAAGUUAACGGCAUCGUUGAGACGUGGUGUUGAGCAGCUCGUCAUCUCAGAUCGGGGCUGGAGACGAAGGCAACGAUUACAACCACACCUUGGACAGACUUGGAUUAUUUACUCUGGAACAACGAAGGCUUAGACCUGACAGGAUGAGCCGGUUCAUCAACGUUCUCCGCAGUUGGCUGCUGUUGGUUUCUCUCAUCGCCGCGGGCAACACGGUGCAGAGCUUCCGAGACCACAGCUUCCUAGCGCACAAACUCUACACCGGCAAGCCUGCGCUCGUGAAUGGGCUGCAGGCUCGGACGUUUGGAGUCUGGACAUUGCUGUCGUCCAUCAUCCGCUUGUCCUGUGCUGUGGACAUCCAGAACCGCACGUUGUAUCACAUCACUCUCUGGACCUUCAUCCUGGCUUUGGGUCACUUUGUGUCCGAGUCGUUGGUUUACCACACGGCACCCAUCACCAUCGGUGUCAUGGCACCGCUACUGGUGGCCGGCUUCUCCAUCCUGGGAAUGCUGAUGGGAUUUCAGUACCUGGAAGAGUCUCAGGAAGUGGCUGCAAUCCCAUUCAAGAAGAGAAAAUGAGCAGAGAGGCAGAGGUGACUGACCGGCGAGCACCCACUCCCCACGGCCACAGGGUGCGGGGUACUGGCCACACUGCUGUCCCUGUCAGUAAAUGCUGGCGUUGAAAACUCCAGUCGCU